GCUGCUUUUAUCGAUCCGACAACACCGCCUCACAAGUGCAAAGACCUAUUGUGUCGCAUUCUGUAGUCUCGCCGCUUGGAUGCAUCGCCGCGCUGUUUUAGUCGCCGUUCGCUCAUUAUAAUGGCUGGGGCGAUUUUUUAACUUCCUAUCUGUACACGUUUUCCGCGGUGCUUGAUAGUCGCCGAGAUCCGUCAGGACGUUCAUUUGUUUUGGUUGCUUGGUUACCGAAGAUUGCUACUGAAGUGACCUGUCAAAAGUUGAAAUGUUAUUAAUGCGAAUUUGAAAACUUUGGUGAUUUUACAGUGGGAAUAUUUUGCAUGAAUAUUAUUUUUUAGUUCGUGUUUGAUUUGUGCACUAUAACAACAUAAUCGAGAGGGAAGUACGUCAUAAUUCAAAACCAACAACUAUUCUACACACUUUAGACAAAAUCAUUCUGCGAAAAAGUGAUAACAUUAACGAUGUUACUGAUGGCUGCACGUCCACGCGAAUAUGGUAACAGUGAUAGUGAUAAUAAACUCGUUUCUCUUUAAAAACCUUACAACUUAUUUAAAAUACAGUUUUAUACGUUUAACCCUACACUAAAAAAAAAAAGAAUGUAACAGUAUAAGUGAAUUAUUUACUAGUGUAUAAUAUAAGUAAAUAUUAAAUAAGAAACCAGUGGCUGUGAUAUUUAUUAGGAACCUUGUUUUUUUGUUUCGUCAAAUAAUCGAAAUAUGUGAUUAUGAGUACCGCUAAUUUGGUACGAACGAGAAGCGGUUCGAUAUCUUCGACCGCCGGACAUGUUUCUAACUGGUUUUCGUCACUGAAGAGGGUGAAAAAGUCGAAACAGAAGCAGGACAGGACGUCUAAGAGCGCUUGGGAUUUGUCUACGUUGUCGCAUGGAAUCAAAAAAGUGCAACUCAAAGAUGACCUGUGCGAAGUCGUCUCCGAAAUGGAGUCGCUCGACUCGGGCGAGGAGGGUAAAAACAGCAACAAGACCAAAAUGAUGUCGAUAGGUCGGAAGAAAUUCAACAUGGAUCCGAAGAAGGGUAUCGAAUACCUCAUAGAAAAAGGUCUGUUACAAAAUACGGCCGAAAGCGUCGCCCAAUUCUUGCACAAGGGCGAGGGACUGAACAAGACUGCCAUCGGUGACUAUUUGGGAGAGAAAAACGAUUUUAACGAGCAGGUGCUGCAAGCUUUCGUCGAAUUACACGAUUUUACUGAUUUAAUAUUGGUGCAGGCUUUGAGGCAAUUCCUGUGGAGCUUUCGCCUACCGGGCGAGGCCCAAAAAAUCGACAGGAUGAUGGAAUGCUUCGCGAAACGGUACUGCGAGUGCCAAGGCGACAACAACAUUUUCGAAAACUCUGAUACCUGUUACGUCCUCUCGUUCGCCAUCAUCAUGCUCAAUACCAGUUUGCACAAUCCCAGCGUCAAGGAAAAACCCACGAUAGAGCAAUUCAUCAACAUGAACAGAGGCAUCAACCAGGGCCAGGAUCUGCCCAGAGAAUUGUUAGUCAGCCUCUACGACAGCAUCAAAGCUGAACCGUUUAAAAUACCGGAAGACGAUGGUAAUGAUUUGAUGCAUACGUUCUUCAAUCCGGACAAGGAGGGUUGGUUGUGGAAGCAGGGCGGCCGAUACAAAUCGUGGAAACGACGAUGGUUCAUCUUGAACGACAACUGCUUGUACUAUUUCGAAUAUACGACAGACAAAGAACCGCGAGGUAUCAUCCCAUUGGAAAACAUUUCGAUACGCGAGUGUUGUGACCGUCAGAAACAGUACUGCUUCGAAUUGUACGCUAGCGGUGGUGCCGAAUUUAUAAAAGCGUGCAAAACUGACUCUGAGGGUAAAGUCGUCGAGGGCAAACACACCGUGUACAGAAUGUCGGCUAGUAGCGAGGACGAGCGGAGAGAAUGGAUGCACAGACUUACGCAAAGCAUUAGUCACAAUCCUUUUUACGAUAUGCUGGCCAAUCGGAAACGUAAAGCUCAACUCUAUUCGAAAAAUUAGUGUUCCGAUCGCGAAACAAAAAAAAAACGGUUUAAAUCCGAUGUUGUUAUUUAUUGACGAUUAUCAUCGUUCCUUUGACUGUCACCCUUCAUCUGUCGUUUAUGUCACCUUCAUUUGUCAUCUGUCGCACAUUCGUUUCUAUGUUGUUAAAUAAUGCGGAUUUUUGCCGUUUUUUUUUUUUAAGUGGAAAUUUGUAAAUAUUUUGAGAUGCAACGAAUUUCGUUUUUGUUGUUGUUGAUGUUUUUUGGAACCUCUGUAUACAAUUUAAUAAUUCUAAAGAUCUCGUUGUUAACCGAGGGUUUAUUGUAAUAUUCUAAAAAAAGGAACUUUAAAUUUUUUUCUUUAUUUUGUUUGUACAUGGGAAAUGCAAAAAGUGUGGCGAACUUUUUUGUUUUGUUGCCUAUUUUGAGUCGAAGACUGUUUUAGAAAUGAAUAAUUUUUUAAUAGUCACACUUUUGAAUAACGUAUUGUAAUUUUAUUUCAUUAUUAAAUUGAGUAAACGUAUGCUAAAAAAGACUCCUUUUUUAUGAAAAUAUUUUAUUAAGGCAGUAGAUAAACAAAUGAAAAGCCUGCUAGUUUGCAAAAUUAAAAGGUCAAAGUAAUUGUCAUUUGUCUAAAAUGCCAACUGUCGUUUGUCACACAAGUGUCAAAGUUAUCGAUAACUUGGAUUUAUAAAAAAAUGAAUUGUAACAUGGAACGUUGACUUAUUUACGGAAAUUGUUUAUCUACGAGUGAUAUUACUUUUCAUUGAUAUUUUAAAUAUACAGUGUAGCGAAUUAGGUUGGUUAAUUCGAUUCUAAUUGUAUUUGUGCCUUAUUUAUCGUUGAGGGUGGAUAAAAAUUUAUGUUUUUAAUUUUUGAAAUUGAAACAUUCCACAUAUAUAUCGUGUACAGGAUGUGAAAUUAUUGGAAUGUGGUGAGCGUUUCUUACAAAUAUUUUUAAUUUGAAUUUAUUGUCUUGUAAAUGAAAGGAGUAUUGUUUUCUUUUUUUUUUGUGUCGUGAAACGUGUGUUUGAUGUUCACAUUUUAGUUCAAUUUUUUUGUAGAUAUGAUUGUUUAUUUUAAUUUAUGUUGUUUUUUCUGAUUUAAUUUAUUUAUUUAAAGUUGUAAAACAUUCUGAAUUAAAAGACCGAAAUUGUAUUUUUGGUGUUAUGUAUUAAUUAGUAUACGUGAGAAAAUAAAAUGUUGACGUAAAUAUGACCGAAAACCGAACUCAAAAAACUUUUUUUUUCUGCUAUAUCGGCAGCUGUUUAUUUCGUCAAAGGUCUAUGUCAAAUAAAUAUUUGACGAAUGACGUAAAUUUCAAACGUAAUUUAUUACCUCUCGGUGCAAAUAUCAAAUUAGAUUAUUUUUUGAGCAUUAUUCAUAAUUUUCACCGUGUUUAUAUAGAUGUAAUUACUUCUUGGGUCUCAUUGUACUAUACUUAUUGUAAAUAUAUUUAUCCGUUUCAGCCAUUAUAUACCAAAAUGAAGUAAACGCUACUAAUCGAAUUAUGUAAGUUUACCUCUAUCUAUCUAACCCACGUUGUUGAGCAUUAUUGUAAAAUUGCUUAUUUUUAAACAGACCCAACAUUUUUGUACCUGGUAGAAUCUAUGUUUGUAAUAUACAUUUAUAAAUAUAUAUAAAUUGGUUUAUGAUUUUGAAUAAUGUUUUAUUUAAUUAACAUGUCUUGGAUUAAAAAAAAUAUAUAAUAGAACUCCCAACACCGUCCAUAUCCAAAAGGCAUGCAAGAAUGCAAAACGUUAUCUGUUAGGGUCCGAUUACAAUUAGAAGAACACAGGUACGUCAUCAUUUGGCAAAGUAAUUAAUUGGUUAUCGCCGCCUCCUAGGGGUUUAGUGG